AUAGCAUUUCUGUUUUUAGUGCGAGGGCUGUUUACUGUACUGCAGCUGUACAGAAAACUACAGACAGGGAGAACUAAGAGUGUCAUCUCCGAAAUCCUCUUGCAAGCAGUAACUGAACAAACGAGGUUUCAUUUUUCUCCCCACCCACCCCCAAGAGGAAAUUUGAGAGAGAGAUGAAAGCCAUCAGCCCCAUUCGAUCUGUCAGAAGCUGUUAUGAGGCGGUGUGUUGCUUGUCUGAUCAGAGUUUAGCAAUCUCACGGAGCAAAAACCCCUUGGAGGAGUCCAUCAGCUUGAUGUAUGACAUGAACGACUGCUACUGUAAACUGAAGGAGCUGGUCCCCAGCAUUCCCCCGAACAAGAAAGUUAGCAAAAUGGAAAUCCUCCAGCACGUUAUCGAUUAUAUUUUUGACUUACAGAUUGCGCUAGAAGGUCAGCAACAAGAUCCCGGCAAUAACCCUGCAUCAAGCGGCUCUCUGUUGACACUGCAGCGAUCGGAACUGUCCACUGAAGGAGAUAGUUUGGGCUUCUGUCAUUGAUUAAUCUUUGGUGUGCGCUUCUCAACUCGCCGCUCCAAACAUUGCUCCACGAGUAUCCUGCCAGCAAUCAAGCGUCAAGAAGCCAAGAUAAGAUAAACCUCUCCUAUCCGGUCUCCACUUUAAGCAACGUCUUGGAACAGUUUUACAUUCAUUUUAAGGAUUUAUCGUGUGAAAGAAGCAAGCCAGUACAUAAUCUGGGAAAUCCAUUCCAAUUAGCAUCCAGAUCAUUGAAUUGAACCUUCAGUAGUUUUUAAGCCACUAAAAGGACCAAAGACAUUUAAUGGAAUCAUUUGAUUUCUCAGUUUUUCAUGGUAAUUCAAUGAGAAAUUAUGUGAUUAACUCUGAAGUUGCUGGUUAAUAUAGCCUGGUGAAAACCGAGAAAUAUCAGACUGUUGCUUCUUCAAGUUGUGAAAUCAAUGUACCUUGAGGGGACCAGGACAUUGGGGACUCACUGGUCCCCAGUGUAAAAUAAUAGAAUGACCUUUGUAGUCUGUGCUGAAAAAGAAAUCACGGAAGAGGUUUUUUUUAGCCUUUUUGCAAUAUUCAAAGUUGUUCUUAAUUUCUUGAUUCACCAUCUCCUGUAGCACAUCGAUGUAGUACAUCAUGAUGUGAGGCAAGUGCCUUCAUCUCCCUGAGUCGGUCUCUCCCAAAGCUUGAGUAACAACAGUAUUUCUUGAUGUCAUUGUCUGUAGAUUAGUUCAGUGUCUCCCUACAAUCUGGACCAAUGUCACACGAAAUCACUAUCUCUCAUGGUUAUUGUCCUUGUAACAGUCCUGCACUAAUUGUGGCUCAGGAUUCCCUCUAAUUUGUUGUGCACAGCCUGUUGAGAGCUACAUUCAAGAUUAUUGCAGAAAUGUAUGUAUGUGCAUAUUGGAAGGAAUCUUGGUGGAGGCCAUUUUUCCUGUUAAGUGCGAUUGGGUUUCUUAUUGCAUUGGAGAUCACCUCCAUGUGCGUGAAGUCAGUGUAGUAGUGCGCCUCUGUGCAUGAAAACCAUGUUAGAGCCACCAACAGACAUGGGAGAACAGAUCGGUUUGGUCAAUCCCUUAGGACCAAUUUAGCCAUCAUUCGAAGCUGUACCAGCAAAAGCUGAGCAGUGCAUGCAGUAUGGUGUGAUGUUUGAGACUUUUUUUGAACAGACUUAGUUAAAAAAAUGUCUGAAAUCCAUAUCAAAUUGCUGGUGGGAUCCUAAGACACAGACCCCAGCAAAAUUAGCUCCUACACAGUCAGAAGGCAAUUGGAAUGUACUGGGUGCAUUAUGGGGACAUCUAUUGCAGGCUUUCAACCCAGUGAUUUUCCAAUAGGCCUUACAGUAUUCAGCUCAGGAGAUGGUAGAAUACGGCACAUCUUCGGAAUAAUUGCGACGUUCAGUGUUCGUAACUUUACAAACCAGAAAUCUCGGGGCAGUCCAGUUUAAAAAGCUUGGUGGGUGCAGUCCCAUAACUGUGAAUUAGACUCUGUUUCCUGAAUGACUUUUAAAUCAAGUCCGGAAUAUUGUCUUAAUGCCGUUGGAACGUUAACAACCAGUACCUUGAAUGAGACAAAAGUUUUUCUGAGGAUGUUUAUUUUAGUGGAAAUGCACAAUCUUGGAGAAGUACUUCCAAGUAGACAUUGCUUCACCAAUCUGUAGAAGAGGGAAUGAAGCUCCCCAACCUUUGCGAACUCUAUACUAGAGUAUCUUUUGUAUAUUUGCAGGGAGAGGUGUUCCUGCAAAUAAAUUAUUUCUUCUGACUGUUUUAAAAGAGAACUUUUUAUAAAAGUUUGCAGAAAUGUACAUUUUAUACAUAAUUAAAAAAAAGUAAUUAAAA